CGCAGGCCCCGGAGGCCGGGGGGCGGGGCUAGCGGGGAACUGCAGCCGGCGAGCGGCGGCCCGAGCCGGGGCCAUGGCGAAGCUGCUGAGCUGCGUCCUCGGCCCCCGGCUCUACAAAAUCUACCGCGAAAGGGACUCUGAAAGGGCGCGGUCCGGCGCCCCUGAGACUCCAGCGUCGGUCACUGCCCCCGCUCCCAGCUCCUGGGAUACGUACUAUCAGCCCCGGGCCCUGGAGAAACAUGCCGACAGCAUCCUGGCACUGGCUUCAGUCUUCUGGUCCAUCUCUUAUUACUCCUCUCCCUUCGCCUUCUUCUACUUAUACAGGAAAGGUUACCUGAGUCUGUCCAAAGUGGUCCCGUUCUCUCACUAUGCUGGGACGUUGCUGCUACUGCUGGCAGGUGUGGCCUGCCUCCGAGGCGUCGGCCGCUGGACCAACCCCCAGUACCGGCAGUUCAUCACCAUCCUGGAGGCCACACAUAGGAACCAGUCUGCGGAGAACAAGAGGCAGCUGGCCAGCUACAACUUUGACUUCAGGAGCUGGCCAGUGGACUUCCACUGGGAGGAGCCCAGCAGCCGGAAGGAGUCCCGAGGGGGCCCUUCCCGCCGGGGUGUGGCCCUGCUCCGCCCAGAGCCCCUGCACCGGGGGACAGCAGACACCCUCCUCAACCGCGCCAAGAAGCUGCCUUGUCAGAUCACCAGCUACCUGGUGGCCCACACCCUGGGGCGCCGGAUGCUGUACCCCGGCUCCGUGUACCUGCUCCAGAAGGCCCUCAUGCCUGUGCUCCUGCAGGGCCAGGCCCGGCUGGUGGAAGAGUGUGAUGGGCGCCGGGCAAAGCUGCUGGCCUGUGAUGGCAACGAGAUUGACACCAUGUUCGUGGACCGGCGGGGGACAGCUGAGCCCCAGGGACAGAAGCUGGUGAUCUGCUGCGAGGGGAAUGCGGGCUUCUACGAGGUGGGCUGCGUCUCCACACCUCUGGAAGCUGGGUAUUCAGUCCUGGGCUGGAACCAUCCAGGCUUUGCCGGGAGUACGGGGGUGCCGUUCCCACAGAAUGAGGCCAACGCCAUGGACGUGGUGGUCCAGUUUGCUGUCCACCGCCUGGGCUUCCAGCCCCAGGACAUCAUCCUCUAUGCCUGGUCCAUCGGGGGCUUCACUGCCACGUGGGCAGCCAUGUCCUACCCAGACAUUAGUGCCGUGAUCCUGGAUGCCUCCUUUGAUGACCUGGUGCCCUUGGCCUUAAAAGUCAUGCCAGACAGCUGCAGGGGCCUGGUGACCAGGACCGUGAGGCAGCACCUCAAUCUAAACAACGCGGAGCAGCUGUGCAGGUACCAGGGCCCUGUGCUGCUGAUCCGAAGAACCAAGGAUGAGAUCAUCACCACCACGGUUCCUGAGGACAUCAUGUCCAACCGAGGCAACGACCUCCUGCUGAAGCUCCUGCAGCAUCGGUACCCCCACGUGAUGGCCGAAGAGGGUCUUCGAGUGGUGAGGCAGUGGCUGGAGGCCUCCUCGCCGCUGGAGGAAGCCUCGGUUUACAGCCGAUGGGAGGUAGAGGAAGACUGGUGUCUGUCUGUCCUCCGCUCCUACCAGGCGGAACACGGGCCAGACUUCCCCUGGAGUGUGGGGGAGGACAUGAGUGCACGUGAAAGGCAGCAGCUGGCUUUGUUUCUGGCCCAGAAACAUCUGCACAACUUCGAAGCCACACAUUGCACCCCGCUCCCGGUCCAGCACUUCCAGAUGCCCUGGCACCUCUAGGGACCAGCCCUCUAAAGUCAGCACUGGGCCUCAUGCGGAAGGACUGGGCGGGAGGAGACCUGACGACGGGCCCUCGUAUUUGUGAUUCUGUGUUCAUGUUGCUGUUUAGUUUGUGGAGCGUGGAGUCCGCCCCCUUUUCACUGUUCCUCUUGCAUGGGUCCUUCAUCCAUCCUGCAGUACCUAACCUCCUGGCACACCUGCUUUAAAUGAAUGGAUUUUUCCUAAUAAUUAAUAAAAAGGUAUUUUUUCUA